CAUCACCGAGGCGUGUCAUUAUAUAAGCCACGUCGGCGGGGGGCGCUGAGGAGGAGACUGAAGAAGGUUCUGGCAACUGUCGGAGCGCUCGGGAGAAGUAGCUGCGGCUCAGGUUCUGUGCGUCCCGCCCGGCAUAUUGUCUCGCCAUGGCCCGUGGGAACCAGCGUGAACUUGCCCGCCAGAAAAAUCUGAAGAAAACCCAGGAGGUCCUCAAGGGGAAAAGGAAAGAGGAUAGUUUGUCUGCGUCUCAGAGAAAACAAAGAGACUCUGAAAUCAUGCAGCAAAAGCAGAAAGCAGCUAAUGAGAAGAAGACUCUGCAGGCAGAAGCAAAAUAGUGUGUGGCUGCAUAAAUAGCCUAAAAUGUUACAGUACACCAAGUUAUAGGGCCUAAAAUAUCACUUAUUUGUAAAAGUGGCCUACCAUUAAAUGGCAAAUGUUUAUCUUA